GCCGUCGGGACCCACUAAAAUUUUCGCGUUCCGCGGCGGCGAUCAAUCCACUGCAGAGCUCCCCGCCAUCCAGGGCCGGACCCGCCACUUACACAAAGCAGCUGCAUAGUACGGAAUACGGAGAUACACCCGCUUUCCACGAGUACGUAAAGUCAUGUAGCAACCCACUGCGAUGUUGCCGGCCACACGCACAACCACUUCUCAACCGGCGCUCCCGCCCUCUCCAGCACCGGCACCAGCCGCAGAAGCAUCAGUGGUAGGGCAUGCAGCUUCACCUACCACGCCCGCAACAUCCGCCACACCCCCUGCGGGUGGUCCGUCGAUGCACGGCCUCGAUGCGCUCUUCAACAAUCCGGUCUUCGCUGGCGGCAUUGGCCUGGCCGGCCUAGGCGCGGCCGCCGCGUUCGGGCGGCGCGCCCUCAUCUCGGCCGCCGGCCUCCUCCGCCGCCAGCUGCUCGUCAACAUCGAGAUCAGCAAACGCGACCCGUCCUACAACUGGGUGCUCGCCUGGCUGGCCCAGCCGCGCGACAACCGCGGCUUCCUCGCGCAGCGCCUGACCCGGCUGCGCAACCUGUCCAUCUCGACCAGCACCAAGUCGCUGAGCCCGGCCGCCGAGGACGGCGCCGGCAAGAUCCACGCCGACUUCCGUGUGCAGCCCGGCUUCGGCCGCCACAUCGUGCGGCACGCGCCGGGCGUGUACAUCGCGGUGAACCGCGAGAAGGCCGGCACGGCGACGACCGCGACCGGCGAGCCCCACGAGACGCUCACGCUCACCCUGCUGUGGAGGCACCGCCACGUGCUGGCCGAGGUGUUCACGCAGGCGCACGCGCUGGCGCAGAGCUUCCAGCAGGGCAAGACCGUCGUGUACACGGCGCGGAAGAUGGAGUGGGCCGUGCUGGGCAAGCCCAGGCUGAAGCGGCCGCUGGGCAGCGUGAUCCUGGACGAGGGCGUCAAGGAGAGACUGGUCGCGGACGUGAAGGAGUUCCUGAAGGCGCAGCAGUGGUACACGGACCGCGGCGUGCCGUACCGCAGGGGCUAUCUGCUGUACGGCCCGCCGGGGACGGGCAAGACGUCGUUCAUCCAGGCCCUGGCGGGCGAGCUGGACUACAGCGUGGCCAUGAUCAAUCUGAGCGAGAUGGGCAUGACCGACGACCUGCUCGCCCACCUGCUCACGCAGUUGCCGGAGAAGAGCGUGCUGGUACUGGAGGACGUCGAUGCCGCGCUGGUAAACCGGCGGCAGCGGGAUCCGGACGGGUACAGCGGGCGGACGGUGACCGCGUCGGGCCUGCUCAAUGCGCUGGACGGUCUGGCGGCCGGCGAGGACAGGAUCACCUUCCUGACGACGAACCAUAUUGACCGGCUGGAUCCCGCCCUGAUCCGUCCAGGCCGCGUCGACAUGAUGGUGCGCAUCGGCGAGGCGACGCGCUACCAGGCGGCCCAGAUGUGGGACCGCUACUACGGCGACAUCGACGAGGACCACUCGGGUCGCGAGCGGUUCCUGGCGCGGCUCGACGAGCUGGGCUUGUUCGGCGGCAGUAACCAGGACCCCAGUGUGCCCAAGAGACACACCUCGACCGCUGCCAUCCAGGGUCUCUUCCAGUUCAACAAAGGAGAUAUGGAGGGCGCCAUCAGAAUGGCGGAGGGCUUGAUCCCUCGGACGUUUGAGCCUGAGCAGCCCUCGGCUGAAGGGACGAUAAAGGCUCCAGCCUAGGCCAGGUCUGAGUUGUGUGCAGGGAGUGUGUGCAGUAUUGUAGGAUUACAGUGUACGA